AUGUUGGAUUUUAUGGACCAUGUGCAAAAUGCCUUUUAUGAGGCUUCGCAUUGGAAUCUCGAUAAUUCGUAUGGCGCCUUGAACGCGACGGCAAAAGCUUUGCUCGACUUCCGGACUCCGAGAGGGCUGCGAUUGCAGAUAUCUUCUCUUGCUGCGCCUAACUUUGCUACCUCAUAUACCAUUGGAAGUGUGGGCGUCGUCGACGGCUCUGUCUCCUACCUCUACUCUUCACUGCCGCUGCUCCGGCCGUUCAAGAGCGCCGACCUCGAUCUCCACCAUGUUAUUAGAGGGUACAGGCACUUGCAGGAGCUGAGAAGGCCAGAUGAGGCUUGGUGGUGGGAAGUCUGGCACUGCGGCAAGCGGAUAGACCGCAGAGAUACACUCCUGUAUGGGCGCAUAUUCUUGCCGCGGUCUACGUUGGAAGCACUGUAUCUCAGGCGCCUCUCGCCUACCCGGCAACUCAAGAUAUCUGCUGUUAGCGACUCCACGCUCAACAAUGGAGGCACGAUUCUCGCCCUGCUGCAGAACGAUGUUGGCAAAUAUAGCACUGAGUACAUGUACAGCACUGAUUCCGCCUUGAUGGGCGUCCGAGGCCUGUACAAUUUCGGACCCGACCCCAGAGUCGGCUCAACAUCACCCGUAGCCGCCCACGAGAUUACCGAGCCUGUGCAAGGCCGGUUCAGCGCCGGCGCAGAGCUUUACUAUGGAUUGCUGAACAAGAGCGGAGGAAUCAGCACCGGCUUACGAUUCACGACAUUGCCUAAUCACACGGGCUUUCCGUAUACAAUGACGCUGACGCUGAAUCCUCUAAUGGGAAACCUCUCCUCGACGUACGCCGUCAAGGCGGGCCCGAACUUGGCUCUCUGCUCCCGCUUCGACUUCAACUUCUAUUCAUACGAAAGCGAGUUGCAGCUCGGUUGCGAACUGUGGCGACGCCGCCGCAACACCGAUGUAGAAUGGGCGGUCAAGAGGUUGCGACCAGAUUGGAAGCGGCCCACUGUUGCACCAGACGACGACGUCUCGGGCAUUCUCAAGGCACGCGUCGACCAGGACUGGCGGAUUGGCCUGCUGUGGGAGGGUAGGAUUAAAGAGCUGUUGUUUACGCUUGGCGCCAGCCUCGACCUGAAGAGGAGAGAGCAGAUAUUCCGAACAGUUGGUGUCGAGCUGCAGUACAGCUCGUGA